AUGGCACCUAACAUCAUGACCUUGUGUAUAUACACUCUCUUUAUCUGGCUGUGCACCAUUGCUGGGCAUCUUUGUGACCAAUGCAGAGAAGGUGCCAUGCUCACUAAUGCCGCUAUAUCUCCUAAUUUACAAAAGACCCACCUAAAGAGAGUGCCAAAUGCCAGAACUAUGUCAGAGUGCACUAUGGCUUGUUGUAACCAUUCCGGUUGUGACCUCUCCUGGAUGUUGGGCAGACAAUGCUAUAUUGUGAACUGUCAGCACAAAGAGAGUUGUGAACCCCAAAAAGUAGACCGUAUGCAAUCUUACCUAACUUUUAUCUUAAGGCCUUCGCCAAAAUUUAUUCCAUAUGCCCUCUAUGAAAACAUUCCAAGUAACCGAGAAUAUUCAUUGACUGAUCAGGGUGACCAAGAGGAGGAUAUGACCAGUUUUAAAGAUCUUUCUUCCCUAAUCAAGAACCCAAGCCUUGAAGAUCUGACUGACUACACAGAUGACUACAACAUCCCCCAAUUAGAUUUGCUUCACUUAAAUGCUAAUGAAGGAGACAAAGUAAGAUCUGACUUGGACUACAUAGGCUGGAUUUUGCCUGAACUCAAUAAGAACACCACUACUGUAGAAAUUGGCAGACGUGAUGAUGAUUUAAUAGAACAUCCCAGAGAAGAGUCCUUGACUAAAGGAAAUGUAAACCAUGUAUCUGAGACACCAUCAAUGUCAACUACAACUGAAAUGGCUUUGACAAGACCAAUGAAAAGUACUGAGAUGUUUGUAGAAGAGCUUCCAACUCUUUUGCCUAAUUCGACUUUGGAGAAACUUGCCUCAUCUGAUGUUUUUGGUAAAAGUGAAAAGCAACCAACUGUUCAGUCUAUUCUAGAGCCUCAGGAGAACACAGAACUCACAAAUAGCACUGUACCAACCAGUCGCUCUAUCAUCAAUAAUGUGGUGUCCACCUCUUCGGCAAACAAUCCAGUGAAUGAGUUUACCGUGACUACAGCAGGCAACAUUGAGGUGACUUUGCCAACUCAUGAAGUUCAGCUUAAUGUCUUUGUGAGCCCUGAAGCCCCAGCAGAUAUCCCUUAUGCUUUUGAAUGGAAGCUGAUAUCGCAACCUACAGAUUUUCAGGGUGAAUUAAAAAUGGCAAAUACAAGGUCUCCCACACUGUCAAAACUUACAGCAGGCCUGUAUAGACUGAGUGUGUCUGUGUCAAGGGAAAAUGUAGUUGUGGAAGGAUUUGUUAACAUUACUGUCAAGCCAGCUGCCAGGAUCAAUCUUCCUCCAACUGCGGUUGUAUCUCCAAAAUCACAGGAAGUAUCACUGCCUUCGACAUCUGCCUUCAUUGAUGCCAGUCAAAGCACAGAUGAUGAUAAAAUAAUAGCAUAUCACUGGGAACAGACUGAAGGAUCACUGCAAGAAAUGAACACAGAGGAAGAUAAUCCAGUUUUACAUUUGACUAACCUGGUACCUGGAAACUACACAUUUAGGUUAACUGUAGCCGAUUAUGAUGGAGCUAAAAAUUCUACUGAAGCCUAUGUUGUAGUGAACAAAGUUGUGGACAACCCACCUGUUGCUGAUGCUGGACCGAAUCAACUCCUAACCCUCCCUCAAAAUGACUUCUCUCUAAAUGGAAAUCUGAGCACUGAUGACCAGCAGAUCAUCAGCUAUGAGUGGUCUCUAAGCCCCAGCAGUACAGGAAAGCUGAUGGCCAUGAAGGGUGUGCACUCUCCUUACCUUCAAGCUACAGCUACACAUGCUGGAGAAUAUACCUUUCAGUUGACAGUGACAGAUUCCUCCAACCAACAAUCCACUGCUCAAGCCACUGUGAUCGUGCAGCCUGAGAAUAACAGCCCACCAGUUGCAGAAACAGGUCCUGAUAAAGAAAUCAUUUUCCCAGUGGAAUCUACAACAUUGGAUGGAAGUAAAAGUAGUGAUGACCACGGCAUUGUCUCUUACAAGUGGGAAAAAAUAAGUGGGCCGUCUGCGGUGACCAUUCAGGACAGUGACAAACCAGUGGCAGUUGUCUCUAACCUUCAGCUUGGUACAUACCACUUUCAUUUGACUGUCAUAGACCAUGAAGGGUUAGAGAGCUCAGCUGUUCUCUCUGUAACUGUUAAAGAAGGAAAGAACAGUCCCCCUAAAGCUAACGCUGGAGGGACACACGUUCUUGUGCUUCCGAAUAGUUCCAUUUCACUGGACGGAUCAAAAUCUAUUGAUGACCAGAGCAUUGUUUCAUACGCGUGGACAAGAGACAGCCAGAGCCCAGCAGCCGGGGAUGUGAUGGACUCAUCUUGGAAUAAACCUGUUCUACACCUCACCAAUUUGGUAGAGGGAAUAUAUCGCUUUCAUCUGAAGGUCACAGAUACCAAUGGAGAUUCAGAUAUUGACAUGGCAACAGUGGAAGUGCGUCCUGAUCCACGGAAAGCAAACUUAGUUGAGCUGAUUUUAGAAGUGGCUGUCAGCCAGCUAAGUGAACAACAGAAAGACACCUUAGUGAGACAGCUGGCUGUCCUCCUCAAUGUUCUCGAUUCUGACGUGAAAAUUCAGAAGAUACAAGCACAUUCAGAUAUAAGCACAGUGAUUAUUUUCUAUGUACAGAGCGGUCAUCCUGUUAAAAUAAGAAAGUCAGUGGAUGUUGCACACACGCUACAGAAACAGCUUUUAAAGGAAAAGGCAGAUUUUCUACUGUACAAAGUGCUCAGAGUGGACACUGCUGUGUGUCUUCUAAAAUGCUCGGGCCAUGGACACUGUGACCCAAUAACAAAAUCCUGUAUUUGCUAUCCAUUUUGGAUAGAGAACUGGCUACGACGUUAUGUCAAUGAUGGAGAAAGCAAUUGCGAAUGGAGCGUUCUUUACAUCAUUGUACUAGCAUUUGCCUUGGUUGCCUUCCUAAUGGGACUGACAUGGGUCUGCAUGUGUUGCUACAAAAGCCGCAAAAGGACGAAAAUACGGAAAAAAACUAAAUAUACAAUCCUGGACAAUUUUGAUGAUCAAGAAAGAAUGGCAUUACGACCCAAGUAUGGUAUAAAACACAGAAGCACAGAACAUAACUCCAGCCUCAUGGUUUCAGAGUCUGAGUUUGACAGUGACCAAGACACAAUUUUCACUCGUGAUAAAGUGGACCAGGAUAACCCCAAAAAUAUUUCCAGUAGUGCCCUCAAAAAUGGUGCUCCUUUUAAUUUCAGCUCAAAAUGCAGAUAA